CAGAUCGACCUUUUUCCUACAGAUACAAUAUCGAUGUGCACGAAUCCACAGUCACUAUUAGUAUACAGUGUAACUUGUAUGCUGUAACAACAUGGUUGUGAUUGUAUGGCUGCGGCUGUCACAACUGUUCACUCCCCCAAAAAGGGAUUACCAAGCGGAACAGGAAGUGAAAUAAACUUUAUUCAGAGAUGAUGCUUUUGUCAUGAAGAUUGGGAAGGACCAAAGCGAAAUGGAAAGUAUCUAAAGUUGUCAUAUUCUUAACUGCAACACUAAUGGCCUAACACAAGAGAAGUCUCCAGUCAUGUCGAAAAUACUAGUUGCGAGUAUUUGUGCCAUUUUCUUGUGUGUACAGGUAAACGCUCAAGAAGCAGUCUUGCGUGCAUUUGGACCCUCCGGUGAAAAUGAAUAUUGCAUUGUUUUCAAUUCUUCUUGGACACAUCUUCCACCAUCUCUUAAUAAUGCCACAUUAUACCAGUUGGUUAACUUGACUUCAAGUGUUCUGUGCCAUCAAACUGAUCUUCCUCCUGAGGGUCUGAAUGGAAAGGCAGUGGUGGUAAUGAGAGGAAACUGUACUUUUGAAGAGAAAGCCUUGAUUGCCCAGUCCAGUGGAGCCAGAGCUAUACUGAUUGCCAGCAAGACCAGCCUGAGCACACCCUCAGGAGUCAACGCUGACAAGGGUGUGAACAUUCAGGUUGCCCUUGUCAGGUACAAAGAUGUGCUGAAUAUGCAGAAGGCUUUUAAGGACAAUAUAUCAGUGAAACUUUAUGCACCGUCUGCAGCUCUGUUUGACUACAGUAUUUUGGUCAUAUUAAUUAUCUCCAUGUUCACUCUUGCUCUGGGAGGCUACUGGAGUGGCGCUACAGAACAAGCACCAUGGGAAGCAAAUAUUUGCCAUGCAGCGUAUAAAGUGAUUCUGGUUUUGAUAAACUUAGCAGCUCUAGGAGGAAGGAGGAAAUCUGAGAGCAGUGAUGAGAUCCAGUUCACUCCACUGAAAGUGGUGAUAUUUGUGCUUGGGAUGUGUGGGAUUUUGGUUUUACUUUACUUUUUCUACAAGUGGCUAGUGUAUGUUUUGAUUGCUAUGUUUUGCAUUGCAUCUGCAAUGGCUGUGUACGGCUGUCUGGCUGCACUGGUACAGAUGAUACCGUGUGGCCAAUGCAGCUUUUCUUUCCGGGACAAAACCAUUGAAAUUCGAUUCUUCUUUCUUGCUGCUUUCUGCAUUGCAGUGUCUGUAUUUUGGGCAGUUUACCGGAAUGAGGACAGGUGGAUUUGGAUUUUGCAGGACGUGUUGGGAAUCGCAUUUUGUCUUAAUUUUAUGAGGAUGUUAAAAAUCUCAAGCUUCAAGAUCUGCGUUACAUUGCUGAGCCUCCUGCUUGUUUACGAUGUGUUCUUUGUUUUCAUCACUCCCUUUUUCACAAAGAACGGUGAAAGCAUUAUGGUUCAGGUUGCUGCUGGCCCAGGAGCCACUGGUGAAAUGAGAGGUGGAAACAUGGUGGAAGUCCCUGCUGAACCCACAGCUCCCAAUGAGAAACUGCCCAUUGUCAUGAGAGUUCCCAGACUUUCAUCCCCGACUCAGUACCUGUGUGGAAUGGAAUUUUCUCUUCUUGGAUACGGAGACAUUAUUGUGCCAGGAUUGCUGGUUGCUUAUUGCCACAGGUUUGAUGUGUGGAACAACAACCCUACAAAGAUCUACUACAUAUCCUGCACAAUAGCCUAUGGUGUGGGUAUGAUAAUGACAUUAAUUGUGAUGGUCUUCUCAAAGAUGGGGCAGCCAGCUCUGCUCUAUCUAGUGCCAUGUACUCUACUUACCAGUGCUUUGGUUGCCUGGAGACGCAAGGAAAUGAAACGGUUUUGGGCAGGAACCGUUUAUGAGAUGGAGGAGAAUCCUGUGGCCAUAUCCAGUAAUGAAAGUGAAGUAAUCGUACAUCCGAAAGAGUAGCAUUGCUGUUUAUUUUCUUCUUUGUUUUAUGGGUAAUGCUUUAAAGUUCAGGUUUCAUUAAAUAAGAAUUCAUUUGGAAUAGUGCAUGAGCAAGUAAUUCAUUUAUAUUAAAUUCAAAAUGAACAUGAAACUCCAACCCUAACGAAUGGAUGGGGGGGGGGGGGGGUUGUGGUAUCCCAAACGUGUUAUUAUAUAACUGCAUGUUGACUGUAUCAUUCAUUUGAAUUCCUAUCACAGUACUGUACUUUGUAUCUCUUAUUAAUGCAAUAUUCAAAAUGAAUUAUUUUUUAAAUAACUAAACCUAUUUUAAAGUAUUGCCUUUUAAUGCACUUGAAUGGAAGAGAUUUUGGACUGAUCUGAUUUGAACAGUAAUAAUAAUACUACACUUUUGGUAGAAAAAAGGCAAUUGUGCCUUGCUCGUCAUCUAAUACAGUAUCUAUGCAAUUGUUGAAGUGUUAAAGCCUUGAUAUAGCAAUGCUGUUGUACCAAUUCCACAGUUUUGUCUCUGAAAUAGCAGUAAAUCUUUCUGCUUUGUCUUCUAAUACAUUUUACAGUCGUCAUAUUUAAUGUCUGAAUCCUCAACACUGGUUGUAAUUGUUAUUUUGUUUAUUCUCACCACUAACAGAGUGCAAUUCUAAGAGUGUUCUUUACAAGGGCUAGCGUUUUCUUUUGAAAGAUUAUCACACAUCUCUGCUGGUGAAACCAGCUGUAUAUAUCUACUGUAGGUCGUUUAACCUUUGAUUUAAUAAGCAUAAGGCUAUGUUUGAUGGUACAUGACAUGCCCUGCAUAUUGUUUUUUUGUUUUUUUAAAUACACUUGAAUUGCAUUGGAUUAGAUAUUCAUGUUUUCUGAGCUCUGUUUGCUGUAUUGCUCCAAGAGUACAAUGUUUGAGCUGCUGUUGCUCGCUAUAAGAAUACCAUUAUAUUUGAAAGCCAUUUGCCUUUCUUUUGCAAUUUACAAAUGUAAGUAUGCAGCACUGAUCAAACUUGUGAAUGCUGUCGCUCUUUUUAUUCUGGUGAUGUUGAUUAGUUUUAAAUUAAAAUUUCAAAGUAAA